UCAAUUUCCCCAACAGGAGGAAACCCACAGCCCCAGCAUCCCCUUGUCACCGUCCCCUUGUCACCGCCCUGGCAGCACCCGGGGUCCCUGGGUGUGACGCGAGCUGGGCUGAGCCCAUCCCCAGCACAAAGCCCAGCCCUGCAGCCCCGCGGGGGGACACCCACAAGCGGGGUGCCCCAAUCCCACAGAGCCCCCCAGACACCCCACAGGACCUGGGGUGUCCCCGUCCCCUGCGGGCAGGGGGUGACACGCCACCUGCCCCCUUACGUAAGGCCCCGUGCCCACCUCCCUGGCCGCCUCCCCGAGAUGCUCUUUCUUUUCCAAGCCCUAAUCUUUGCCAUCUUGGGCUAAUUGGAUUUCCUGGGUCACAUGGAGAGAUAAAAAGUCCCCAAAUCCGUCAGCCCAGAAAUUGGGUUAUCCAUGGGGAAUUAAGAGAGAGCUCGGGGGGCAGCCAGCCCGCGAGCACCCAGCGAAGCGCUCCGGCACCCCCGGCACGGCGCGGGGCAGCGGGCGCCUGGUUCGGCCUUUCGGGGCUUCCCUUUCUCCCCCCUCACCCUCCGCCCGCCCCCGGGGUGCGCGCGCGGCCCCCGCGAAGAGCUGGAAGAGCCCGGGGACCUAGAGGAGCUCGAGGCGUUGGAAGAGGAAGACGAGGCCAUGGGGAGCGGGGCGAGCGCGGAGGACAAGGAGAUGGCCAAGAGGUCCAAGGAGCUGGAGAAGAAGCUCCAGGAGGACGCGGAUAAGGAGGCAAAGACGGUCAAGUUGCUGCUGCUCGGGGCUGGAGAGUCGGGCAAGAGCACCAUUGUGAAGCAGAUGAAGAUCAUCCACCAGGACGGCUACACGCCCGAGGAGUGCAUGGAGUUCAAGGCCAUCAUCUACGGCAACAUCCUGCAGUCCAUCCUGGCCAUCAUCCGCGCCAUGUCCACGCUGGGCAUCGACUACGCCGAGUCGGGACGGGCGGACGACGGCCGGCAGCUCUUCAACCUGGCCGACUCCAUCGAGGAGGGCACCAUGCCCCCUGAGCUUGUCGACUGCAUAAAGAAGCUGUGGAAGGACGGCGGGGUGCAGGCUUGCUUUGACAGAGCCGCCGAGUACCAGCUCAACGACUCGGCCGCGUACUACCUGAACCAGCUGGACAGGAUCACGGCCCCCGGGUACCUCCCCAACGAGCAGGACGUGCUGCGGUCCCGCGUGAAGACCACGGGCAUCAUUGAGACCAAAUUCUCUGUCAAGGACCUGAACUUCAGGAUGUUCGACGUGGGAGGGCAGAGAUCCGAGCGCAAGAAGUGGAUCCACUGCUUCGAGGGGGUGACCUGCAUCAUCUUCUGCGGGGCGCUGAGCGCCUACGACAUGGUGCUGGUGGAGGACGACGAAGUGAACCGCAUGCAUGAAUCCCUGCACCUAUUCAACAGUAUAUGCAACCACAAGUUCUUCGCCGCCACAUCCAUCAUCCUCUUCCUCAACAAGAAGGACCUUUUUGAGGAAAAGAUCAAGAAGGUCCAUCUCAGCAUCUGCUUCCCCGAUUAUGAUGGUCCCAACACGUUUGAAGAUGCAGGAAAUUACAUCAAGACCCAGUUCCUUGAUCUCAACAUGCGAAAGGAUGUGAAGGAAAUCUACAGCCACAUGACCUGUGCCACAGACACACAGAACGUCAAGUUCGUCUUUGACGCAGUCACAGAUGUCAUCAUCAAAGAGAACCUCAAGGACUGCGGGCUCUUCUGAACAUCUGCGUGGCAGAAGAGAAAAUGACUUCGGCUUCGCAUCGCCGUUCUGCUGAGCAGAGCCAAAAGGAUUAAAGGAACAAAAAAGCUGCCCGGCCCCACUUUUUCUAUGACCUACCCAACCAACCACCCGUGUUCGAGCCCGUAGUAGGAAGGGGCUGAAGCCGAACUUCCUGCUCCCUUUCACGGCCAUUUCCUCUUUUUAAAGAAAGAAAGCCCGGCUCCCUGCAGUGCUUGGAAGUCAGCGUUUAUAAAUGAGAUGCGGAGCGGUUUGACGCCAAAGAGCACGCAGACCCCAGUGCACCAGAGAAAUCAACGCCGAGCCGCCGCGUGCCCCCCCCGUGCAGCCGAAGGUGGCACCGCCACGGGACCGGUGCCAGGCACCUGCCCUGCCCUCGCCCGCUUUGUCAAACCUUAAUUGGGUUGAACGGGGAAUUUCUGGGCAAGGGGGGUGCUGCCUCCGAGUCACGCCUGGUAGCCAGCCCUGCGGCAGGAGGAAUUAAUUAUUUUGUGCUGUAUGUACGUCCCGAGACUCUGGUGAAUUUCUCAGAAAAAUCUUCCUACCGGGAAAAGGUCAAGAGCUGCUGCUGCCCCCGGCUGUGCUUUCUGCCCCCAGACAGCCUUAAGCAGACGAGCGGCCGGUCCUGGCCACCGUGCCCCGCGCCCACCAGCCAGGGCAGGGGACGCAGGAGCACGGGCACUGGGGGCCAAGGGACAUCAUCAUCACGCCUCCAGCGGAGGAAGGGGUCGGAUAAAGAGGAAAUGGUUACUUGAAAGAUUUUCAUUCUGCUACUUAGAGCUGUAUUUGCUCUUACAGUUUGUAAAUAAAUCGGUGUCGGUACUGUAGACAA